AUGCGAAGUAUCCAAUCAGUGUCUGAGAGUUAUCACACGCUGGCGCCUGGUGUAAAAUUCUUGCGGUGCACAGGUUGUUUUGAGUGGGUUGUUCUAUUUGUGGUGACAGGAGAAGCGUGGGUGCCGCGUGUACCGAGCUGGAGUGGCAAUGACCUUGACACUAAGCGAGUGGCCUUGGGUAGCACGUGGCGGCUGACACCCGCUGUCUGUUGUCGGAACGCCGCCGCCGCCGCCUUUCCCAAGGGAGUC